AUUUUACUUCCUUACAGCUCUAUACUAAUAGCUUCUUGCCCACAAGAAUUCAGAUUCUUUUUCUCCCCCUCCCCAAACCCCCUCCCCCCACCCCCAAGGUUAGUGAAAUGUAACCCCCCCUUAAAAACUCAACAACUCUUCUUUCCUAUGUACUGUCCAUGUCCCAUUAAUUGCCAUAGCAGUGUUAUUUGAAUGUCAAAGUGAAGUUGUAAACAGAAAAAAAAAAAAAAAAAAAAAGGGUCCAUUUCCUUUUUGCUACUUUGCAUUUACAACACCUUUCUGUGUGUUUUAGUGUGUGUUAGUGUGUGUGGGGGUAGUAGACUAGCAGUAUAUAAAGAGAGGAAAGCAAAAAGAAAAAAAAAAUAUGCAGCAGCACCUGAUGCAGAUGCAGCCCAUGAUGGCAGCUUACUAUCCAACAAACGUCACUACUGACCAUAUUCAACAGUAUUUGGAUGAGAACAAAUCACUCAUUCUGAAGAUUGUUGAGAGCCAGAACUCCGGGAAACUCGGCGAAUGUGCAGAGAACCAGGCUAGGCUUCAGAGGAAUCUGAUGUACCUUGCUGCUAUCGCUGAUUCACAACCUCAACCUUCUAGCAUGCAUUCUCAGUUCUCUUCCGGUGGGAUGAUGCAGCCAGGGACACACAAUUACCUGCAGCAGCAGCACCAACAAGCCCAACAAAUAGCAACACAAUCACUCAUAGCUGCAAGAUCCUCUUCAAUGCUCUAUGGACAACAACAACAACAACAGCAGCAUCAAUUAUCGCCAUUUCAACAAGGCUUGCAUGGUAGCCAACUUGGCAUGAGCUCCGGCAGCGGUGGAAGCACUGGUUUUCACAUGCUUCAAAGUGAAUCAUCACCUCAUGGUGGUGGUGGUGUAAGUGGUGGUUUCCCUCAUGACUUCGGCCGUGCAAAUAAGCAAGACAUUGGGAGUACUAUGUCUGCUGAAGGGCGCGGCAGAAGCUCAGGUGGUGAUGGUGGUGAGAAUCUUUAUCUUAAAGCUUCUGAGGAUUGAAAGUUUAAGGUUUUACUAAUAAUUUUAAGGUAGUAGUAGUAGUAAUGAUAGGGAGGAGGAGGUUUUAGCUUUUCUUGUCAACUAAUUAGGAACAAGAUUUAGUUGGGCAAGAAUUUUGAUGAAAGAAUUAUGGUUAAGUAAUGGAACUUGUGUAAUAUGUGUUGUUAAACACAAA